GUGAAUCGUACUGGACCAGUCAAGGUCUUGUUGGCCUUUGUUGCCCAUGUGCCCACCAAAGUGGCAUCGACCAGCUGCGCCGAGCCGACAUGGGCAAAGGCGAGCGUCGCCGUGAGGGCAUAAGCCGAAGGAAGUCUCAUUUCUGUGGCGCUAUUCGUCUUGGGGUGUCUGUGUAGUUGGCGGGUGUGUAUAAGUGGACAAGGGUAUCGUUUGGUCGUGUGUUCUUGAACAAGGUGCGGGCAAACAGAAUAAUUGAUUUGGAAACCUUGUUGAGAGAGAUGUUAAUACAAUCAAAGGACGACGACGCGCUUGGCAAGUUGGCAAGCCUCAAAACACGGAGAAGGGAGAGCCCCUUCCCGAAAUAGCUUCCCACAUGAAACACCCAACUUGACUCUUGCAGCUUCUUGUCAAAACGUCGUCGAUCAUUUAUCAGAGAUCACAUGUUAUACCAGUCUCUGAGACCAUCCGCCACUGCUCGUGCUGUUCAGACCAUCAAGACUGCUAGAAGAAGUCUCUCGUCUCAAAUGUCGUCAACGAAUCUAGACCUGGGAGCUGAGUCUCAAUUGUCGGAAAAGAAAGCCGUGAGAAAGCAAUUGCACAGCCUCUUGUCUUCGCUGCCGUCUGAUUACGUCCAACGUCAAUCCAUCAAUGCCACAAAACUUUUGCUCUCAUUGCCUGAGUACAGAAAUGCUCGUUCAAUCAGCAUCUUCAUGUCUAUGCCUUCUGGAGAGAUCAACACCGAAGCUCUUACCAAAGAUGCCUUGACUGCGGGCAAGCAUGUGUUUGUGCCGUAUAUAUACAAGCCCAAGCAGCCUCGUCAAGAUGAUUUGCCUACCUCUAUUAUGGACAUGCUGCAGCUUGCUUCCGAGGAUGACUAUGCCUCGCUUCAGCCCGACAAAUGGGGCAUUCCAUCUAUACCGAAGGAAACUGUUUCCGAUCGCGUGAGUUCGUUCGGGGGGAAGGGCCUGAGUGAUGGAGCUGUGCCAGCGUCAGAUGCUGCAGGUCUAGAUGUGAUCCUCAUGCCAUGCAUGGCUUUUGACCAAGACUUGAAUCGCCUUGGACAUGGCAAAGGUUACUACGACAACUUUCUCACAAGAUAUUGCUCUGGUAAAACGACGGAUGGACAGAACAGAAAGAAACCGUUUUUGGUUGGAUUCGCGCUUGCUGAGCAGAUGCUUCCUUCUCAAUAUCGUCUGCCGGUUGAUUCAUGGGACUGGAAGGUAGAUGCGGUGGUGCUCGGAGAUGGCGGGUCAGAGGCCAGAUUGGUGAGGGCUUGAUUUCGUGGUUGGCCGCUCAGAUUCAAUGGCGGAGAUGCAGAGCGGCUCCCAUCGCUCUAGACAUUCGUGAUGAUGAGAGAAUCGGUCAAGCUCAUAGAGUCUGGAUGAGAGCAACGUUGUCGCCCUUGAGGAGGAUUUGGCCUAGCAGUACAAGUCAGUGGAUGAAGUAAUGCGUGUCACGCUUAAGGGUGAGCAUACCGAGAAGUCUUCUCGACUCUUCCGGGUCAGUCUUUGUGGGCUGCUUGACCUCAAUGGCAUCGUCGACGACCAGGUUCAUGAACUCGUCAAAACCCUGUGAUGUUCAUCAGUAUGCGCCCCAGUAGAUUGGUGUGACAGCAUG